UUAUGUCUGUCCUGAUGCAGCCUCAUGGCAGAUAAAAGGCAGCGUAUCAGAGUUCAAGGAUCAUGGGCUGGCCCACUCAAGAAGCCCGUUCAGACAACACCAGCAGUGGGAAGAACAACCAAUCCAUCUGCAUCAGCAUGUGCCUGGAGAGAUUCAGAGAACACAUUUGAAUUCAAGCAGCCCACAGAGGUGAAGAGGAAUGUGCCAGAGGAGAAAGUGAUAAUGAAGGAGGGUUCAUAUGAAAUCAGCCAUGGCCCUUCAGGAGUGUCCAGACUCCGCCUCUUCCCUUCUUUUCUGCCCAUCUCAGAAGCUGAUUGGAUGUUCUCCCAGCUCCAUGCUGAACUCCCCUGGCAGCAAAAAUCAAAUUUACAUGAUGGAGUGCCUUAUGAAGAGCCAAGACUGACAUGCUGGUUUGGAGAGCUGCCUUAUACCUACUCCCACUCCACUUUACAACCCAGGACAAAGUGGCACCCAGUGUUAGUGGAGCUGCGUCAGCGUGUUGAGUUGGCUUCCGGACACACCUUUAACUCUUUGCUGUGUAACCUCUAUCGUGACGGCAAGGACAGCAUUGCCUGGCACAGUGACUCUGAGCCUUCACUUGGACCACACCCUGUCAUUGGAUCAGUCAGCCUUGGCGAUACUCGCAGUUUUGAGCUACGCAAGCAGCCAUCUCCGGAAGAAAACGGUGAUUACACUUACGUGGAGCGGCUGAAAAUCCCACUUUCACAUGGCACCUUGCUGAUCAUGGAGGGCGCAGUACAGGAAGACUGGCAGCACAGAGUGCCAAAGGAAUACCAUGACAGAGGGCCAAGGAUUAACUUGACCUUUCGAACCAUCUACCCGGAGUCAAGUUUACGCUAACACUGCAGUUUGCUAGCAAUGGGAGAAGCUUGCUAAUUAGAAAAAUCCUAAAAACCUGAACCGGAGAUUCAUGUUAGCAAAACAAGCAAUCACUGUAAAGUCAAGGUGACAACUCUUUUUUAUUUUUUAUUUUUCCUUGUCAGCCUUUCAGGCUUGCUUAUAACAGGCCUCUUUUCCAGAAGCCUUAUAAAAAUGUAUAGUUUUCAAAGGUGAUUAAUAUCUGUUUCUGAUUUUUGAAAGUAAAUUGCGAAUAUCCCUCUGUUGCAGACUUUUUUUCCUUUGGUUAAAACAUGGCAGUCAGUCUUUACGUUUUUUCCAUUUUUUCUCAUGGCUGCAUUGACAGCUUGGUUCACUAUUCAGAUUAACCAAACAGUUAAGGGUUGCAUUCACAGUCUUACUGUUAAGUUUGUUUCAAAAGCUAUAACUAAGAAGUUGUAUAAUAUUGUGUUUUUGCUGUUGUAACUUUAAAAUAAAUCAUUGAUUUGAGAUCAUUUA